AUGGACAGCCCGAGCAAUCGCGACGGCCGGAGGGUCUUGUACGGCUACACCGGCGACGGGGCCACGGCCGUCUUGACGACUCUUCAGGCCACCCUUUUGAUCCGCGACCUCUGGACCCGCCUAGAGCAUCUACCUGGCAUCGCGCUCGGCCACACGAUGCUCAUACAGGAUCCUGGAGCACUCGUGAUCGAGUACAGCGAGCCGGACGCCAUUGCGACGCUGCCCGACUUCUGGGACCAGCUGAUCCUCCUCACGUCCAGCAAAGGCGUGCUUAUCACAUCACUGUCGGCGACAGCGUGGGAGCGGCUCCUCACCGCGCAAGCGGAAGCACAGCAACAGGCCGCGACAAUGGGAGGGGAUUUUGGGGACUUGCCAGGCCCUGCGCGUUGCUCCAUCCACGUCCAGAUCAAGGGCGACACCGGCACUGACCCUUCCACCAUCACGGAGCACCUGAUCAAGAAGCUCGUGGAGUGCAUUGGGGUCGCUUGGUCUGCGGCGACGCUUGGGGAACUCACCCGAGCAGGACAGAUCGCACCAGUGGCUGGCCAUGUCGGGAGUGGAAGCGGCCACGCCUGCGCUCACGACUCGAUCGUCAAGAUGCUGAACGGCCUCUGUUUCGCGGGAGCCGCCGGCACUCGCCAGCUCGGCGUGACGCUUCAGCACGACUACGCCGAUCGCACUCUUGGGAGAGGCCGCGAGGUCUCCGCAUCGAUCGCCGCCGCAGCCACGCGAGAGACAUGCCGCCUAUUGCGCUGGCGACUUGCGGGACGCCGCUCCAACAUCUUCGACUUCUCAUACACUUCCACCUACCUCCUCAAUGCCCGUGCCGCACCCUACAACGUGCACUCCCGAGAUGAGGGCAUCUCAGACCGCGCCGACACGGAUGGCCAGCGCAGGCUUUUCUUUAGCCUGCUCUUCCUCUCCAGCCCCAACUUCGCAAUGCACGAUGCCCACUGCGACCGGCUCGCCUUCACCGCCAUCCGCAACAUCGCAGAUACGAACGGCAGGUUCGACGUUGGCACGCUCAGCGCGCUCUCCAGCUUUCUCUACGGCCGAUACCGGGAGUCCGUCGUGAGCGAGUUCAACGCGCUCCUCGCCUCGCAGAUGACCGAGCAGCGCCGCUUCUUCGAGGAGAGGCAGCGGGACAUUCAGCACGCCCACGACAAGCGCGUGGAGGAGCUGCGAGAGCGGGGGCGCGACGUGCGGGCGGCGCUGGAGGCCAGCCGCAUGCGCCUGGAGGACGCCGAGGGGCGGAACGCGAGCCUGGAGGGCCAGAUCGCCGGGGACGCCGCCGCCGAGGAGGUGGCGCGGCGCCAGGUCAGGGCGCUGGAGGCGCUCAACCGGAAGUUCUCGGGCGAGCAGCGACGUUUCGAGGACGAGUUGGCCGGGAAGGAGCGAAGAAAGAAGGCCGAGCAGCAGCGCCGCGGCCAGGAGGUGGAGGAGCUGCAGGGCGAGAUCAGGGAGCUGGAGCUCUUCCUCCAGAUGCGCCGGCGGUGCCAGGCCUCCGGCGACGCGGCGGACCUCCAGGCAUCCAACAUGGUGGUGCUGGAGGGCGAACCCGCGCGGGGCCGCGGCGGCCGCCGCGGGCGACGGCGAUGA